UUCCUUCCUUCCGAGCCGACCGAUGGGUGCGGGGGCGGCGGGGCUGGACGUGGCCGCCGGCCGGAGGCGGGUGCUGGCGGCCAAGAACAGAGCUGGCAGGCCGCGGCAGGCGAGGAGGCGCGCGCAGCCGCCGACGGCGCUGCAGCGGCUCUUCCGGGCCUGCCGCGCCGUCUUCCGGGGCCCCGGCACCGUGCCCGCGCCGCCCGAGGUCGCCCUGCUCCGUGCCAUGCUCGACAGAAUGAGGCCGGAGGACGUCGGGCUGAGCCCGGGCAUGAGGUUCUUCAGGACGAGAGACAAUGCCGCCCCAGGGAAGAAGAAGAACCCAGCAAUCACCCACGCCACCAUAUACAAAUCUGAAAAUUUCUCGAUGGUCAUCUUGUUCCUGCCGCAGAAUGCGGUCAUCCCUCUGCACAACCACCCCGGGAUGACGGUGCUCAGCAAGCUGCUCAUCGGAUCGAUGCACGUAAGGUCGUAUGACUGGGCCGACGAUCCCGGCGAUGAUCCGGCCGCCUCAUCGCCCGACGACCAACUGAGGUUGGCGGAGCUGGUUCUGGAUGAUGUCUUCACGGCGCCGUGCGACACGUCGGUCCUCUACCCGACGGCGGGGGGCAACAUGCACCGGUUCACGGCCAUCGCGCCCUGCGCCAUCCUCGACAUCCUUGGCCCCCCUUACUCCCUGGCGGAGGACCGAGAUUGCACCUACUACGAGGAUGUUCCAUGCUCCUCCCAGCAUCCCAUUGUGACCGGCAAUGAGCAAGAAGGCCGGCGCCUCGCGUGGCUGAAGGAGGUCGAGAUGCCGAGGGAUCUGAAGAUGUGCAGCGUCCGGUACGGCGGCCCGCCGGUCUCCGACAGGUGAUUGAGCCCCGCGGCCGGCACCGUUCACGGCCGAUGAGGAGCAACUCAAACAAGAUGAUGUCAGAAUCUGUUCGCCGUGUGACUAUAAAUAGCAGCAAAGCUAGCUAGCUCAGCCGUGAGCCUAGGUUUCAGUUUGGGCAUGAUGUCUCAGUGAGUGAUGGCAGUCUAUAUCAUGUAAGAGUGCUUACCUGCCUGCUUUUGCAGCAGCUGUGUGUGUGGACCUUGUCUAGAUCCUUUGUUGAUCUCUGUCAAUGCACAGAUCAUCCAUAGAUUUCACUUCUACUUGGCCAA